UCCUUUCAUAUCUAAUCUGAGACUCCAUUAUUUCUUCAUUUCCAUUCUGCAGUUCUUGACUGAUGUGGCUGCUCUGGUUACAUUCCUGGGUCUUUUUCUGCAGCUGCAGCUGGGAUGCCUUCCCCUGUCCUUACUCCAGAGGUUCCACUGUGUGCAGAUUCUUCUUACAGUCAGCCAGAACAAAACCACUUCCUCCCUGUCCUGCACAUGGGCACUGCCAUGUCCAACCAGUGAAGCAGACUGCUCAUGUUGGUUCCUGCUCUUCCACAGGAAAUGCUGUCCUUCUGGGAUGUGGCCAUUGAGUUCUCUGCAGAAGAGAGGGAAUGCCUGGAGCCUGCUCAGUGGAAUUUGUACAGGGAUGUGAUGUUGGAGAAUUACAGCAACCUUGUGUUCCUUGGUCUUGCUGUGUCUAAGCCACAGCUGGUGACACUUUUGGAGCAAAGACAAGAAUCUUCAGAUGUGAAGAGACAAGGAGCAGCCAGUGUGCAUUCAGGAACAACAACCAGUGAUUAUAACAUUUACACCAAGGCCAUUGAUUGUAACUCACUGCAUAUUCAACGCCAGAGAAUUCAUACAAAGGAGAAACCCUACAAGUGUAAAGAAUGUGGUAAGGCCCUUAGUUCUCAUAAAACACUUUCCAUACACCAGAGACUUCAUACUGGAGAAAAACCCUACAGAUGUAAUGAAUGUCAUAAAUUUUUCAAUACUCGCUCAUCACUUUUUAUACACCAGAAAAAUCAUACUGAUGAAAAAACCUACAAGUGUGAAGAAUGUGGCAAAUCAUUUUACUAUCCUUCAAUGCUGAAGCAACAUCAAAGAAUUCAUUCUGGAGAGAAACCCUACAAGUGUGAAAAAUGUGGCCAAGCUUUUUAUGAACCAUCAUUCCUUCAGGUGCAUCAGCGAAUUCAUAUGGCAGAGAAACCAUACAAGUGUGAAGAAUGUGGCAAAUGUUUUUCCUCACUUUUGUACCUUAAACAACAUCAAGCAGUUCACUCCAAAGAUAAUCCCUACAAGUGUGAGGAGUGUGGUAAGAGGUUUUCGCAUUCUGCAAAGCUUCAGGAACAUCAUACAAUUCAUAGUGGAGAGAGACCAUACAAGUGUGAAGAAUGUCACAAAGCCUUUCGUUAUCACUCUGGCCUUGAGAACCACAAGGCAGUUCAUAAUGGAGAGAAACUUUACAAGUGUAAACUGAGUGGAAAGGGAUUUACUAAGACUGCUUUCCUCAUUGGGGACAAGGCAGCUCAUAUUGCAGAGAAAGCCUACAAGUGUGAAGAGUGUGGCAAGUGCUUUUUCUCAUCUUCAUCCCUUAGACGACAUCAGACAAUCCAUUCUGAAGACAAUCCCUGCAAGUGUGAAGAGUGUGGCAAAAGGUUUUCCUCCUUUGCACACCUUCAAGAGCAUCAGACAGUCCAUACUGGAGAGAAACCAUACAAGUGUAAAGAGUGUGGCAAAUGUUUUUGCUCAUCUUCAUCCCUUAUACGACAUCAACCAAUCCAUUCUGAAGACAAUCCUUACAAGUGUGCAGAAUGUGGUAAAAUAUUGUCCUGUUUUACAAACCUUCAAGAACAUCAGAUAAUUCAUACUGGAGAGAAAUCAUACAAGUGUGAAGACUGUGGCAAAUGUUUUUAUUUAUCUUCAUCCCUUCGGCGCCAUCAAACAAUUCACUCUGAAGACAACCCUUACAAGUGUGAAGAGUGUGGCAGAUGUUUUUACUCAUCAUUAUCCCUUAGAGGACAUCAGACAAUCCAUUCUGAAGACAAUCCUUAUACAUGUUUACAAUGUGGCAAACGGUUUUCCUAUUCUAGGAGUCUUCAGGAACAUCAAACAAUUCAUAGUGGAGAGAAACCAUUCAAGUGUGAAGAAUGUCACAAAGCCUUUCAUUAUCACUCAUCCCUUAGGAAACACAAGAGAGUUCAUACUGGAGAGAAACUCUUCAAAUGUGAAGACUGUGACAGAUGUUUUUCCUCUUCUUCAACCCUUAGACGACAUAAAAAAAAGACCAAAAUUCAUUCUGAAGGCAAUUCUUAAAAGUGUGGGGAAUGUGGCAUAGACUUUGUUAAUCAUUAUAUAUCCUUACUCAACAUAUGAUAGAGUUCAUAUGGGAGAGAAAUCCUACAAAUGUCUUUAAAAGUUUAUUUCUUCAACCCUUAAAACAUAUCAAAAGACUCAUUCUCACUACAACCUCCUUAAGUGUGUGAAGUGUGGUAAAGUUUUUGCUAAGAAUUGAGGACUUAUCCAACUUUAAUGACUCCAUAGUGGAGAAUAUUAAGUUAAUUAUUUUUGAAUGUCAACACAGCAUCUAACUACCAAGAACACAUGCUAAGAAUGUCAUCAGAGGACAGUUGAGACUUCUCUUUGCUGUAACCUCCAACACUUUGUUAAAGCAAUGUGUUUGAAACUUGCCUUGAUUAAUGAGUCUCUUUUUUCUGCAACUAACAAUAAAUGUUCCA